AUGUUUGCCAAGAUCUUCAGCGCUUUCCUGCUCGUCACUGCCGUAACGGCGAAGCUUCACGAUAACUGUGCCUGCCAUAACGGAGACAGUUACAACUGGCGAUUGACUGCCGCUGCCUGCAAAGAGUACAACGAUCAAGACUACGAGUGGGGAAGUGCUGCCUACAAUGAGAUAUCUGGUCGUUGUACUCAAGCUACUACCGGAGACAAGAUCGCUGGUGAUCAGUGGGAGGAUGCCUGCAGAAAGAUCGCCGAGCAGGGCUACGACUGCGCAGAUGGAGAGGGGAAGUGCUACGCCAACCCCAAGAAGGUCCGCGGCAGAUGUUAA